GCGACGCCAAACUUUCCUCUUUAUCCUUUCCCGUACAUCUACUCGUUCCCCUUCCUCCCCAAUUAUUGUGUCUUUUCAAUCAUCAAACAUCAACCGCCUUCUCUCUCUAUUGCACUUCAUCAAAGACUUGAUCUCAUCUCAAUUAGUCGCCUUCUCUAAUUCUUAGUAAAUAAUCCCAUGGAAAGAUUCUUCCAUAGUUGGGUUGCUCAAUUAUACAUUUGAAAAGUUGUACCGGUCGCUCGCGCUCGCUUCAUUCCUCGAUCUGUCAAACUAAACAAACAAGCAAUCAAUCCACCAACUCAGUUCUACUUCUACCUCACAGGCUCUAUACAAUCCCACUCACUCAUCCAGAAUUCUUGAGAUAGACUUCUUUCUUUUCUCCAGUCUAAAUUCCCCAGGAAGAUUCCAUGUCGUAAAUUAUAUCUCUCAAUAAUGGGAGCAUGACGAGCAACUGUUUUCUUCAUAAGAAGAGACAGAAGCAAGAAGCAGGCGCGUCAGAUUCAGCGGAAACAGCAACAGAGGGUAGCGAUUGUUGGGUUCGGAGAUAAUUAAAAACUAUAAAGGGUAUGAAAAAUAACAUCAACUCCCCCUCCCCCUUUUUAAUUUCUUUUCUUUUCUUCUCUCCUUUAUUCCCCUUUGCAAAGCCUUUUCCAACACUAUUAUCUGCACAAAAUUUAAGAGCAUGUGUCGUGUAUAUGCGUGUGUGCGCCCUGGUUGAUCACUUUCUGUUGUGGAUUUUCUCCACCCACCCCCGAAUUCCGAUUCUUGCAGCUAUGUAUUUGCAUUUCGGCAUGGGACAAUUGGGUUGGCAGCCAACAGCAGGGUAAAAAAUACAGUGGCCGUACCCUCACCUAUGGAUUACAGCUGAGCAUUCAAGGGUGCGACUUGAACAAUGAAAGUUCUAGUGACCAGUCAAGAUCUAACAAGUAACUCCUAAAUUCCCUUACAAUAGGGACGGAGAGUGAAAGAGGCUUAAAAGAGCGAGAGAGAUUAAAUCUCUCUAAAAUACUCUAACUUUGAAUAUGAAAGCCUAGCAUCAUGUCAGACCGUAGUGGUCUUAAUUGCUGUUAAGCUCUUCAUCAGUCAAUUUAAUGGUCUAUCGAUUAUUCACAGCCAAGAGUUCUUGGGCGUUUCCGGGGGGAGAAGACUGCCUUAUUCCAGCACGUCUGCCAAAGGUUUGGACAAGAGACAAUUAGCGAAUCCAACUACAGCGAAUAUCAUCGAAUCGACUCUAGUUCCUAGACAUCGAGCAACAUGACCACACCCUAUGCAGUUCCGACUUAUAACCACAAGUCUUAACGGUCUUCUUAGAUCUAUUGGCAAGCCAGGCCGUGCAAUGGCUAUAUUUCAUC